AUUGUUAUUAUUGGUGGUAUUUUAUUCUGUAAAUUUACAGAUAUUUUAAUAUUAGCAUUACAAACACAAAUCUGUAUAACAUCUGAACCAUUGAAUGAUUUUACAAAAAAAUGGAAAGAUCCACCAUUGCCAAUAACGAUUGAUGCAUAUUUAUUUUCAAUUGAUAAUCCAGAGGAAUUUUCGAACGGUAGAGAACGUGCAAAAUUACGUGAAUUUGGACCAUAUUCUUAUCGCUUAGAAAUACAUAAAGAUAUCAUAGGAUUUGAAAAUGAUGAAAAAAUUGUUACAUUUUUUGAUGUACAAAAAUUUUAUUUCAAAAAUCUCGAAUCACCUGGCCGUUUGAAUGAUCGGAUUAAUGUUUUGAAUUUUCCGGCUUAUGCAUUGGCCAAUAUGGUUCGAAAUAUGAUUGCAUCGUUACCAUUUUCAUUCGGCUUGAAUCCAUUAGCAUUUAGCUUCGUUAGUUUCCUAUAUCUUUUACAUGGUGAAUCAAUGUUGAUAAAACAAAAUUUAACAGCCGGUGAAUUAUUAAAUGGUUAUCCAUUUACAAUAUUGGAUACUAUUGAUCGUUUAGCCGGACCAUUACGUUUAUUUGGUAUUGAAUUACCGGAUACUGGUAUGCCGGAUAAUAAAUUUGGUUUUUUGUGGACAAAAAAUGGUACCCGUAAUGGCCCUUAUCAAACAUAUACCGGACAAGAUGGUACAGAUAUUUUACGUAUGGUAACAUUCAAAGGUCAAACAUUAUUACCAUUUUAUGAUAAUGAUCAAUGUAAUGCACUGAAUGGUACUGAAAGUAGUACAUUUGGUUUAAAUGUCCAUAGUGAUCAAAAAUAUUAUGUAUUUACACAUGAUUUAUGUCGAAGUUUAGAUUUAGUUUAUGAAAAAUCAGUAUGGAUAAAUGGAUUGUUUACAUAUCGUUUUGGUCCAGCACGGGAUGCAUUUGCACCACCAAGUAAAAAACCAUUUAAUCGUUGUUUUUGUACACGUAUGGAUAAUGAAAAUCUUUGUGAUGGUUUAUUUGAUAUUAGUAGAUGUUUAAAUGGUGCACCAUUAGCAUAUUCAUUUCCACAUUUUCUUUUUGCAAAUUCUGAAAUUAGAAAUAAUGUUGAAAAUAUGCAACCAUCAGAGAAACGUCAUAAAGCUUAUAUCGAUGUUGAUCCGAUAACCGGAACACCAUUCAAUGGUGCAGAUAAAAUCCAAAUCAAUGCAUUACUCGAACCAAUACCAUAUCUUAAUGGAUUUUCGAAUGUUCGUAGUACAAUUCUGCCAUUAUUAUGGUUACAAAAAAGUGCAAAAAUUGAUAAUAAAUUAACUAAUGAACUUCGUUUAGCAUUAUAUCCAAUUUAUCUGAUUUACUCAAUAAUUUACCUGUUAUUUUUUGGUAGUCUUGCUCUGUUUACAUUGCAUAUCGCCAGAUGGAGCUACCAGUCUUAUAAAGAACAAACAACGAAUGUUAUCGAUCCGGAUAUACAAAAAAAUCCACCAUCAAGAUCAGAUUCAACCGAACCGAUUAUAUCAGCAGCUACAGCGGCAGCAGCAGCCGCAACAACAAGUGGAAUGAACAUUUAAAUCGAUAAAACUUUUUUCAAAAUUUUUUUUGUUGUUUUUUAGA